AUGCCAGGUAUUCACGAUGCGCACGUGCAUGUUAUGGUUGCCGGGCUGUCUCAGUUGAGCACUGCAAACCUGGGUCUCGAGGAAGCCAUACCGGCAUCGGAAGCGGCAGGCAAACUCAAAACAGCUGCAUGCGGCUGCCAGUAUGCUCAUGCCUUCAGCAAUUGGCUCGUCGCAGAUGCCUACCAUAUCGACGACUUCGACCGUUCAUGCCUUGACGAAGCAUACCCCGACACUCCAAUCAUGAUCCGAGCGGCAGCAGGCCACAGUCUUUUGCUUAACACAGUCGCUCUGCAGGAAUCUGGCUACGACAUAUCAAACGAGCCGCCCGCCAAAGGAUCGUACCUCGGGCGCCGACUCGAUGGCAGCCUCACAGGCGAAGUAGCCGAACUCGGCAUGACCAAAGCUCUCAUCUCUUAUCCCAAACCCAACCUGUUCCAUGUCAAACGUGCAGUUCAACACGCCGUCUGUCAGUUGCAUAAGGCGGGCGUGACAUCCUGCCAAGAGGCGUCCGCCAACACGCCUAUGCUGCAGGCUCUCGGCCAACUCGAUGGAGACAAUCAAUUGAAGAUGGACUUAUACACGCAUAUUGUGUAUGCACCGGAACAUUUGGGCGAGGAACCAGCGAGUCAACUGCACAAACUGCUCGACUCGGCGGAGUUGUUUAAGACAAAGCACGUCAACACGCAGUUCGUCAAGAUUAUGCUCGACGGUGUGCCCUUGGCGCCGUACUACACGCACGCGGGGCUGAGUGGAAAGAACGAAGUGGACGAAGACAAGAUAUGUGUUGAUGAUGUCGUCGAGGCAGUAGCUAGGGCCCUUGAUGCUAUUGAGGCGGCGAGAAAGAGGAACCCGGGUGGGCCGAGGCAUGAAAUCGCACAUUGCUCUGGUGUCCACGAUGACGACUACUCCCGUUUCCGCGCGUUGAACACAACAGCAGAAAUGUCGCCAUCCAUCUUCUUCACCCAUUCCUUCAGCCCUACCGAAAACGCCCUGAUGGACUGGAACUUUCCUCGCAUGCUCAGUCACAACGCACAUAUAACCAUUGGAUCAGACUGGGGCGUCACUGAACCCCCAUCCCUAUUUCCCGGGGUGGAAGGCAUUGUCCCGGCCGUCGGCAAUGGCGAUCGUGCCAAGGGGGCGACGACGCUGCUGCGGAUGUUGACGCUGUCGGGUGCAGAAGCAGUAGGACGCGAGGAAGAGACGGGGAGUAUCCAAGUAGGCAAACGCGCGAAUUUCAUCCAGGUUGACCGGGAUUUGAGUAUCGGGAGAGAGGGGGCUUUCAGGGACGCCAAGGUGCAGAAGACCUGGUUUGAGGGAGAAGUUGUUUUCGAGGCUUCGACUAGACAACUCUGA